AUGUCGUCCAACGUCUAUGUGGGUCUCCUGGUCGCCCUCACAGUCGUUCUGGGCUACUGCUUCCAUCUCCUCACCCCUCUAUCCUAUCCAGGCGAUACACCGUACAACCAAGCCUCGAUCGGCCGCCCUCUGGGCGACCUGAGCCACAUCAAAAGCCAUGCAUGUCGGACAAGCGAGUUCUCGGACGCCAUGUUCAGCACCGCCCGGCGGCUCCGCAGCCCCGUGGCGCAGCUCCUGCUGGCGCGGUCCGCGCCGCCGGCGUUCAACGUCGACGGUUGCCGCGAGGCGGAGGACAUCCUUGUGCGGAGGACGCGCGAGUUCUACCCUUCCGAGCUGACGACACCCGCACUGCGGGCCCAGAAGCGCAUGUGGUCCGACGCCAUGAGCCACGACUUCCUGCGGCGCGUGGUGGCACCCAACACGCGCGGGGGCAUCGUCGAGCUCGUGGGGCUGUGGCGUCUGAAGGCCGCCGCCGCCGCUGCUGCUGCUGCUGGUGUUGGCCGGGAGCAGGUAUUCGACGGCGCGUGCGACCUGAGCCGCUGCCAGAGGAGUUGUCGGGCAUGGAGGCUACAGAGACAUUGUUCCGCCGGCCCAAGAUGGCCCACGUACGCCUCAGGCCGAUAG